UGAUAUCUGGUUCCAACGUCUGGCAGUGGUUACAACUGUUUAUACUUCUCCAUAGUACUUUUUACUUCCUGGUUAUUUUUUAGCACCAUGUAAGGCGCAGCUGAUCUAUCCGUUAUCAGAGUUGGAAAGCUGGUACUCCUACCGGAAAUACAGCAGGGCAAGCUUUCUUGAUCAGGACCAUGACGUUUGCAAGGCGUCGAGUAUUCCCUCCACAGCUUUCGUACCGUUUGCUCAAGUUCUUUGCUGCUGCCAAGCACCAGACUGCGACAUCGACGUCGAGUCGAGACACCUGCUUCUGCGUGUCGACGAGUAGGU